AUGCGCCUCCCUGACCUGAGACCCUGGGCCUUCCUGCUGCUGGCCGACUGGGCGUUACUCUGGCUGCUGCAGGGGACCCUGGGGGCUCUGCUUCCCCGCGGGCUUCCAGGCCUGUGGCUAGAGGGCACCUUGCGACUGGGAGGGCUUUGGUGGCUUUUGAGGCCGGCAGGGCUGCAGAGGUUUGUGGGAGCACUGCUGCCCCCCCUCUGCCUGGUGACCCCUCUGUUUCUCUCCCUGAGGGCCCUGGUCCCGGGGACCUUGAGUGCUCCCCCAGCCAGGGCGGCUUCAGCCCCUUGGAGCUGGCUGCUGCUGGGUUAUGGGGCGGCAGGGCUGAGCUGGGGCAUGUGGGCUGUGCUGAGCCCUCCAGGAGCCCCGGAGAGGGAGCAGGGCCAGGAGAACAACAGAGCCUUGAUGUGGAGGUUGCUGAAGCUCUCCAGACCAGACCUGCCUUUCCUGGGUGUGGCCUUUUUCUUCCUCACUGUUGCCGUGUUGGGUGACACAUUAAUCGCUUACUAUUCUGGUCUUGUGAUUGACAUCCUGGGAGGUGAUUUUGAUCCUGAUGCCUUUGCCAGUGCCAUCUUUUUCAUGUGUCUCUUCUCUGUUGGGAGUUCACUGUCUGCAGGCUGCCGAGGAAGCACCUUCACGUUCAUCAUGUCCAGAAUCAACCUGCGGAUCCGGGAGCUGCUUUUCUCCUCCCUCCUGUGCCAGGACCUUGCUUUCUUCCAGGAGACUAAGACAGGGGAGCUGAAUUCUCGCCUGAGCUCGGAUACCAAACUGAUGAGUAACUGGCUUCCUUUUAAUGCCAACGUGCUGUCUCGAAGCCUGGUGAAAGUGCUGGGACUUUACAGCUUCAUGCUCAACCUGUCACCUCGACUCACCCUCCUUUCUCUGCUUGAGGUGCCUCUAAUGACAGCGGCUGAAAAGAUGUAUAUUGCUCGCCAUCAGGCAGUCCUUCAGGAGAUCCAGGAGGCUGUGGCGAAAGCAGGACAGGUGGUACGUGAGGCAGUUGGAGGGCUGCAGACUGUGCGCAGUUUUGGGGCGGAGCAGCAAGAGGUCCGUCGCUAUAAGGAGGCUCUUGACCGAUGCCGGCAGCUGUGGUGGCGACGAGAUCUGGAAAACGCCCUCUACUGUCUCUUAAGGAGGAUGCUGCACUUGACAAUGAAGGUUAUAUUGCUGAGACGUGGGCUGCAGCAGAUCGUGGCUGGAGACCUCACCCAGGGCGGGCUGCUCUCCUUUCUGCUCUACCAGGAGGACGUGGGCUGCCACGUGGAAACCCUGGUGUACAUGUUUGGGGACAUGCUGAGCAAUGUGGGGGCUGCAGAGAAGGUGUUCUGCUACCUGGACCGAAAGCCAAAUCUGCCUCCAGCUGGGACACUGGCCCCGCCCACUCUGCAGGGCCUGAUGGAAUUCCAGAACGUCUCCUUUGUGUAUCCCAAUCACCCUGACCAGCCUGUGCUCAAGGGUGUGACAUUCACCCUGCCUCUUGGGAAGAUGACCGCACUGGUGGGGCCCAGUGGAUCUGGAAAGAGCACAGUAGCUGCUCUGCUGCAGAAUCUGUACCAGCCCACCGAGGGGCAGGUGCUGCUGGAUGGGGAGCCCAUCUCCCAGUAUGAGCGCCACUACCUACACCAACAGGUGGUUCUGGUCGGGCAGGAGCCUGUGCUGUUCUCAGGUUCGGUGAGGUACAACAUCGCUUAUGGGCUGAAGGGCUGCAGCGAUGAGAAGGUGCUGGCUGCUGCACGGGCGGCCAGAGUGGAGGAGUUCAUAAAGGAAAUGAAACACGGACUUGAUACAGAGGUGGGGGAGAAAGGGAACCAGUUGGCUGUGGGGCAGAAGCAACGUCUGGCCAUCGCCCGGGCCCUUGUGAGGGACCCCCGGGUCCUCAUCCUGGAUGAAGCCACCAGUGCCCUGGACGUGGAGUGUGAGCAGGCUCUGCGGGACUGGAAAGCUCACGGGGACCGAACGGUGCUGGUGAUCGCCCACAGGCUGCACACGGUUCUGAGCGCCGACCAGAUCCUGGUGCUGAGGCAGGGAGAGCUGCAGGACCAUGUGCAGCUCAUGGAGAGGCAGGACCUCUACUCCUGCCUGGUGCAGCAGAGCAGGAGGACUGAGACCCCAGAGAUGCUGGAGCCUUCUCAGGGCCAUCUCAGUGACCCAGAGUAGCUCCUGCUUUGGCUUUCCCUGGGGGUGUUCCCCUGGGUGGUUGUUUUUGGAGCUGGAGGCACGAUGAUGGAGAUUUAG